UAUCAGCCGAAAUUUCUCAUUUAAUUAAUUUAUAUAUUCUCUUUUUUUUCUUGUUUCUCUUCUUUUGCUAAAGUUUACAAUUGAGGUGAGGAAAACGAAAAAGUUAUUAUUAUUUAGUUAAAAAAAAAAAUUCUUAAACGAGACACCAGUUGUUCUUCUGUGUUCUAUUUAAGAACAUCCACUUCACAUCCCCUCUCAAAGCCUCGUGUCUUGUUUUCUUUCAAUAAACACAUAAUAAGAUAGCUUCCAAGUUCAUCAAGAAAUAAACGUAAGCGCACGCAUACAAUAACCUAUCGAAGAUGAGCAGACCCGGAGACUGGAACUGUAGAUCAUGCACCCACCUCAACUUCCAGCGCCGUGAUUCUUGCCAGCGAUGCGGUGACUCCCGUUUGGGUGCAGGUGGAGUCGGUGGCUUAGAGUUUGGUGAUUUCGGCGGCAGAGGUAUGUCUGCUUUUGGAUUCACCACGGGCUCCGACGUUCGUCCAGGUGACUGGUACUGCACAGUUGGAAACUGCGGGACACAUAACUUUGCCAGCCGCUCCACCUGCUUCAAAUGCGGCACUUUCAAGGACGAAUCCCUCGGUGGGGGCGGCGGCGGUGGCGUAGGCGUAGGCGGUCCGGUCAUGUUUGACGCUGACGUUAUGCGGUCUAGAGUCUCCGGCAACGGUGGCCGCUCCAGCUGGAAAUCCGGUGAUUGGAUUUGCACCAGGCUUGGUUGCAAUGAGCAUAACUUUGCAAGCAGAAUGGAGUGCUUCAGAUGCAAUGCACCAAGGGACUUCAGCAUGAGAACCUCUUUCUAAGUUACACAAUAAUGCCUUUGAAGUAGCCUUGUUUCCAAUCUCUUGGGCACCGUUUCAAUCAAUGGAAAAGGAGAAAGAGGAGCAAGAUUGAAUUAAAGAUGAUAAUUUUGUUAGAUGUUAUGAGAGCCAAUAUUGUAACUUUAGCUGUCGUGCUUUUGCAUUUAUAAUAUUUCAUUUUCGUAAUUUUCCUUUUCAGUUUCUUUUAAGAGUUUUAUUAUUCUAAUCAUUGUACGCUGCAUGUCUUUCUUAAAAGAAGAUUCUCUUCUCAAUUUCAUCGCUUUAUACAUGAGUUGCUACUUUUUUUUUGUU